UCGAAGUGUACAUCGAGGAUGUAACAAAUCGCGUUGUUUAUUCUACGAAAUAAUUUAGUUUUGGUGUUGAUAAUAAUGCUUUCUUUGGGUUUUGCGAUCAGGGCAGCGGCUGCACCAUUCAAUUCAAUUGUUUUCCGUGGUUUGCAGUCCACUAGGGUCCUGUACGGCACCAACGUUGCAUUGGUCUUGUCUGGAUGUGGUGUUUAUGAUGGCACAGAAAUCCAUGAAGCAUCAGCUUGUCUGGUUCAUUUGAGUCGUGGUGGCGCCACUGUGUCAAUGUUUGCUCCAAACACUGAUCAGAUGCAUGUUAUAGAUCAUACCAAGGGAGCGCCAAGUGAAGGAGAAAAGAGAAAUGUUCUUGUUGAAUCGGCCCGUAUUGCUCGAGGGAACAUCACUCAACUGAACGAUCUGAAAAUGACCGAAUUUGAUGCCAUAGUUUUCCCUGGUGGAUUUGGAGCUGCCAAAAAUUUGUGCACCUUCGCAGUAGAUGGUAAAGACUGCACAGUCAAUCCAGAUGUCAGCCGAGUUCUCAAGGAGUUUCAUUCUGCGAAGAAGCCUAUUGGGUUAUGCUGUAUUGCUCCUGUUCUGGCUGCCAAGGUGCUGCCAGGUUGUGAGGUGACUGUUGGCUCUGACCAGGAGGAGGAUGGGAAGUGGCCCCAUGCUGGGACUGCUGGUGCUAUCAAGGAGAUGGGCUCAAAGCAUGUCAAUACGAAUGUCUCUAGUGCUCAUGUGGAUGUGUCAAACAAAAUUGUGACGACUGCAGCAUUCAUGUGCAAUACCGGAGUACAUGAAGUCUUUGAUGGAAUUGGCAGUAUGAUCACCAAUGUUUUGAGGCUGGCAGGAAAGUAAGAGAUUCAAUUUUGGACAAAGACUGCAAUGAAUCCUGUUGACAAGGUCAAAAUGUGCUUCGUACUGUAGACUUGGGAAAUGUAUCCUGCAGGAUAUUUGAUGAUAUUCUGUUUUUAAUGACUGUGUAUCUCACUAUUGUAUUCAGGGACAGAUGCAGGACUUGGAGAUUGAUGGGGCCCUACUGAUUGUGUCUACCUGUGGGUUUACCUAGUGGUCAGCUAAGACUUAGAUCCAGUUCAGCUGAUUAAGAGUUAGAUUAAGGAUAUGAGUAUCACCGCCUUCAGUGUGUCAUGAGUCAUCUGUGUGAACCCCCCUAAAAGAACUGCAUUUAUGGAGUAUUUAUGACGCAGUCCAACAUGAGGUUUCAUGACCAGAAAAAUCCUGCUUUCAUAUGUGCUAAUGCAGUUUCUGCUUCCUUGAAACAAUGUUUAUACUUAGUUUAUUUGAUUUACGACCGUGAGAUGUACUUGUUUCUCCCAGAGAACAGUCUUGUGUGAAAAAUGGAAACAAAAAUGUACAAAAUUUUCCAAUAAAUUAUGCAGUAAUUA